AUGAAGGUGUUCCAUGUCGACGGUGAAAACACUCUCUCUGUGUCUCUCUUCUCCGAUGUCACCAACUCCAAGGAGCUCUUGAAUUCGAUGCUUGAUGGAACUCUGAAGCUUGAGGUCUCCUUUCUCAAUGCCUUACUCAUUACAGAAUCAUUGAAACGAUGUGGGAUAUCCGAAACCUCUACUUACAUUCUAGCUGCCCGGUUCAAUGCUUCUCCCCUUGAGAUGGAGGAGGUGGCGAAAUUGAUCAACGGGAAGGAGAUUGACUUGGAGGAGUUAAAGACUCAAGCCAAUCAAGCACAUAUUUUAAAGCACUACAAGAUAACUAGCCAAGAACUGGGGAUAUCCUCUCUCGGAGAUGCCAUUGUUUGCAGGAUCGCUGCACGCGACGCUUUGUAA